AAAAAGCGAAAGCUACCAAAACCAGGGAUUGGGAGGGGAGGGAACCACUGCAGUCUGCAGCAGCGUCCAGUCCACAAUUGCAUACCUGCUGUCUGUAGUCUUUGUUAGCUUUAGCUCGCAGUCCGCAGCAGAGCCCCUCUCGCCUCUUCCAAAAGCAAAAUCCAGAGCCAACAACAACAACAACAACAACAACAAAAAGCAUUCGGAAUAGAGAGACAAGGAAUGAACGGUUGAGGCGGAUCCAGCUCGCAUUGCCGGGCUUCUCUCUCUCCCCUCUCAACUUUCUAGACAGAGAAACACUCAGCGGAGCUCCUCCUUGGCCUUCCACACCCAUAUCAAGCAAAGAGGAAGAAGAAGCUGGGACUGUCCGUUCGUUGAUUAGGUUCCAGGGGAUUUGUCCGUACGGAUUGGAGUUAUUUUGUUUUGUUUCUGUUGGUGGCUGGUGGUGGUGGGUUCUGCCUUUGGCUGGGUGCGCAUCCGCUUCCUUCCCUCUGUUUCUUCUCGUUUAUUAUACUCAAAGUAAAUUAUCAAUAUGUUUUUCUUUCUUCCUCGUUUAAGACUAAUAUAUAUAUAUAUAUAUAUAUAUAUAUAUUAGUAGACAUUUGCUUUAGCACCUGAGUUUGUUAUGCUUUGAGGGAGGGUAUUUGGUGGCGGGCGAUUCCGAGAUCUCACACCACCAACCCAAACGCGACUUACGUGGUGGGAGGAUUUUCUUUCGGACCUCUGUCCUUCCCCUGGGGGUUGUUUUCCGUUUUCCCCCUCUUUCCAUUCUACUUUCAGCUCAUUGAACAUGGUUUUUUUGCUUGCCAAUGGGAAUGGGGUUUAUGCCAGUGGAAGAUCAUUCCAUGAUUGUGUUUGCAUAGUUAGCAGGAGGAAUGCAGAGGUUUGCAGAAUCUAAAGCUGGGAGUAAGGUAGUAGCAGUAGGUGCAUGCAUGGGUCCAGGGAAACAAAUGGGUCAUCAGUUGCCUCAGCUGCAGGUAGGUUUGGUUAGAGAAGCAGUGGAAAGGUUCAAUUCCAAAGAACCCCACAUCACUGGUUUUCCUGUCCCUGUAAGGCCACAAUGGAAAGGAAAAGACUCCGUUCCCCUCCAAGAAGAGCUAAUUCCUAAUGUUGUCAUGUCUAAGGCCAUUGUUGAUUCCUUUGAUGAAGCUGGAUCUAGCUCUUUCUCUGGGGCUAGUCAUCCUGCAGAACCAGUCGACACCGAUCUCAUGAGAACUGUUUAUGUCCCCAUUGGCCAGAAGAAAUCUGAGACCGGAUGUCUUAUGAGGAGCAUGUCUGUAAAGGGCCCUUACAUAGAAGAUCUCUCAAUCGGGGUCCCGGUUAAGAAACCGAGUUCCACUAUCCUUUCACCGGCUGAUAGUUUGGAUGAAGAACCCAGUGACUUGCUUUCCUUGCCACCUGAUGAUUUGGAUGGGAAGGAAUGCGUAUGGGAUGCUUCUCUGCCUCCAAGUGGCAAUGUCAGUCCAAUGAGCGUUGUUCAUAGCUGUGCCAGCACAUAUAGAAGUGAUGUCAUGACGAGCGAUGGCAUGCUGAGUAUCGACAGACACUACGAGAGUACCAAAGGGAGUGUCAGUGUAAGAGGCGAUUCACUUGAGAGUGGCAAGACUAGUGUUAGUCGAGCCAGUGAUAGCAGCAGUGGGCUUAGUGAUGACAGUAACUGGAGCAACAUCACUGGGAGUGCGAACAAGCCUCACAAGGGCAAUGAUCCAAGGUGGAAGGCUAUUCUUGCAAUCCGAGCUCGUGAUGGGAUUUUGGGGAUGAGCCACUUUCGAUUGCUUAAACGGCUCGGUUGUGGUGACAUUGGAAGCGUCUACCUGUCAGAACUCAGUGGGACCCGGUGUUAUUUCGCGAUGAAGGUAAUGGACAAGGCUUCGCUCGCUAGCAGGAAGAAGUUGACCAGGGCUCAGACGGAGAGGGAGAUUCUUCAGCUUCUGGAUCAUCCCUUUCUACCUACGCUGUAUACUCAUUUCGAGACAGACAGAUUCUCGUGUUUGGUAAUGGAAUACUGUCCUGGUGGCGAUUUGCAUACUCUGAGGCAGCGCCAGCCUGGGAAGCAUUUCUCUGAGUAUGCUGCAAGAUUCUAUGCAGCAGAGGUGUUAUUAGCAUUGGAGUAUCUUCACAUGCUUGGAGUAGUCUACAGGGAUCUAAAACCUGAAAACGUUCUUGUUCGUGACGACGGCCACAUUAUGCUCUCAGACUUUGACCUCUCUCUUCGAUGCACAGUUUCACCCACUUUGAUAAGGACUUCAAACGACUCGGACCCAUCAAAGCGUGGCGGUGGUGCUGCAUUCUGCGUUCAGCCUGCAGCUUGCAUCGAACCAACAUCCGUUUGCAUUCAGCCAGCUUGCUUCAUCCCUCGUCUCUUCCCACAGAAGAACAAGAAGAAAACAAGCCAAAAGUCCAGGGCAGAUCUCGGGCUGCCUUAUUGUGCUCUCCCUGAGCUGGUUGCAGAACCCACUGCUGCCCGCUCCAUGUCAUUCGUUGGCACCCACGAAUACCUCGCCCCUGAAAUAAUUAAAGGUGAAGGCCAUGGCAGCGCUGUUGACUGGUGGACAUUUGGCAUCUUCCUCCAUGAGCUGCUGUAUGGGAAAACCCCAUUCAAAGGGUCAGGCAACAGGGCAACGCUGUUCAAUGUGGUCGGGCAGCAGCUGAAGUUCCCGGAAGCCCCAGCAACGAGCUACGCAGGCCGGGAUUUGAUCCGUGGCUUGCUGGUGAAGGAACCACAGCACAGGCUUGGAGUGAAGAGAGGCGCGACGGAGAUCAAGCAGCACCCUUUCUUUGAAGGCGUGAACUGGGCUCUCAUACGAUGCAGCACUCCGCCGGAAGUGCCUAGACCAAUGGAGGCUGAGCUGCCGCCGGGGAAGUAUGGUGCUGUGAACACUGUUGGGGUUGGUAGCAACAGUAAGAGAAUGGUGGGCCAAAGUCAACAACAACAGCAACAGACUGACAUGAUGAAGUCCGGGGGUAAAUAUCUGGAUUUCGAGUUCUUUUAGUAGUGAUUAUUAGGGCUAAUAUCCCCGUCUUUUGUUUUCUUUUACUCUUCUGGUUAUGGGUAGCACUUCCUAGUGUUGUGAUCUGAGAACAUUGCAGUUGCAUUUUACUGUCUGGUUGGUUUGGUCUGAUGAGAAAUAUAUUGAUGACACUUCAGGUCGGCCAGCCUCAGACCUCAGUAGGAUAUCUAUAUCAAUCAAUUACAACACUCUCUGUAGUUUUUUUUUUUUUGCAUGCAAAGAACCCUCUGGAGUCCGGACUAGACUCUCGUUUCAUUAGUUCAUUCCUCUCUUCAUGAUUCUAGUAUUCCGGUCUUGCCUAAAAGAAAGAAAAAGGAGUUCUAGGAUUGCUAAAAAGGAGAAAGAAAGGGGCAAAGCUGAAGCUGUGCAGUGUUUGUGUUCCCAAUGGAUUAGACCGGUGGCUGAAUGAUAGUGUUGGACUGUUGGUGUGCUGGGGUAAGAUAGUGAUAGGCAGGGAACGAAUUGACAACUCUUGAACAUUUGGUUUGACGAAAUAUGUGCC